AUGGCUCUUACUCCUAUUAUGACUGUCGAAAUCGAGCGAUGGUUGAGAAAUCUAUGCACAUCGAGUACAUGUUCCGCCCCUGCAGCCUCUGCUCCUAAAAUCGUCCUAUCUAAAGUCCAAGGAAAACCGCCCCUCUCCUCUCUCCCCAGCACAGACCAAAAGCGAAUGGUACAACUACGCAUGUGGACUCGCUGCUUUGCGAAAACAGCAGGAAAGGAAGCGCAACGGACUCUCGGUCGGGAACCAAAACACAAUGAGGAAGACGUCGAUGGAGUUUCUGCAACCAAUGCGGCGGCCAGGCCCACGAAAACGAAAACAGUCCGACGGAAAACCGCCCCUCUCCUCCCUUCGUAUCCUUCCGAACCCCAUAGUGUCCCUGACUAUGUCUCCUCACCAGACCCACCACCCAGAACAUAUCAGCCUUCCCCAGGCGCGCGCGCAGUCUCCCACAGCCCCUCUCCUGAAGCAGUCUCCGAUUCCAAAGAGCAGGACCUCAGUCUACAUGGAGUACUCCCUCCACCCGCGCCUGAAACCUCGAAAAGAAACAUGGCAUGGACUCCCCGGGCGCCAGAAGACAAAAACGGACCCACCACCCCUUUGAUUGACGAUCCCCCUCCGAUGGUUAUUCUCGAUUCGACAAAAAGUCAUACAAGAAAAGAGGAGCGCCACGCCACGCGGCGAUACAUUCACGCCACAGACGAAGUUUACCUCCAGAAAUGGAACUCAGGACGUGUCUCUGCAAAAGUCAGCAAGGAUUCUCGAAUGUGUUUGGCAGACUGCCCUCUCUCGUCUACUCAACACCCUUGA